AUGUUCGUAGUGUAUGCACCGCCGCCACCCGGCCCUCAAGGCCCAAUGUCCAAUGCCCCCUUCUCUCCACCCAUCUCAAAGCAGCUGCUGGUGAGAACCAGAUCCAUAGGAACCAACACCCAAGAAGGAGGGCCAGACACCGACUCAUGUUGCCUGGGCCCUUGUCAGCCAGGCACUAGUGUCAACCUGGAGGGCAUUGUGUGGCAUGAGACUGAGGAAGGUGAGGAUUCUAUUCCUCCAACUCUCCUACAAUUUUAGCAUUCCACCAUAUGGUUCAGCAUGUACAUGAUUGAAAUGCUGUACAGUAGUUUAUAUCACUGCGCAUAGGACAGUUUAUUCAGGCGAAUUAUUAUUAACGGUAAGACAGUAUGCCUAAUUAUGAUCAGGUUUCCCAAACUCGGUCCAUGGGCGCCAGAAUGUGCACCCAGGUGGGGCCCCAGGACCGAGUUUUGAAACCCUGAGCUAGAAGAUGCUUUUGUAUUGAAGGCUGGUUUUUAUUAAAGGAGCUAUGCUGAUGUAACAGUGUAACAGACCAUGAGGGAAUUCAUCAGAUCAUCAUUCAUUCUGUUUUUAAGAGGCCUAUUAUUCCUGUCAAACUCGAAUUUGAAGAGAAACGUUUUUGCCGUCUUAUUAGAAAGCUAUGCCAUGGGACCUCCCUAGUAAGACUGAACCACCUUCUUUAGCGUUCGAGGGCUGCAGAGACGCCGAGUAUCAAAGCUCAGGAUAAGACCCAGAUGCAGACAGUUCAAAAUAGCAAAACGUUUAUUUACAAAAACAGGGGGCAGGCAAACGACAGGUCAAGGGCAGGCAGAGGUCAGUAAUCCAGAGCAGAGUCCGUAAGGUUCAUGAAACGGCAGGCAGGCUCAGGGUCAGGGCAGGCAGAAUGGUCAAAACUGGAAAACAGAGACUAGAACAAAACAGGAGUACGGGGAAAACGCGGGUAAGCUUAACAAGACAAGACGAACUGGCAACAGACAAACAGAGAACACACAGGGGAUAAUGGGGACAAAUGGGAGAUGCCUGGUGGGGGGUGGAGACAAGCACAAGACAGGUGAAACCAAUCAGGGUGUGACAGUACCUGGGCACAUACCUGGUUGACCGGGGUGCCGGCAGUGGAACUCAGCGAUGAGGCCUGGGUCCAGGAUGUCCCUAGCGGUGACCCAGCACCUCUCCCCCGGGCCAUAAACCUCCCUGUCAACCAGGUACUGGAAUCCCCUGCCCCGCGUUCAAACCUUCAGGGGCGCCUCACCAUGUACGCCGGUUGGCCGUCGAUGAGACGGGCAGAGGGGUGGGCCUGGAAACAGGAGACAAAGGGCUGUGAGACAUGGGUUUGAUCCUAGACACAUGAAAAGUGGUAUGUAUACAGAGGGUACGGGGCAAAAGAAGACAAACAGCAGAGGUGCUAAGGAUCUUGGAGAUGGGGAAAGGGCAGAUAAAAUGGGGGGAAUGUUUGCGGGACUCCACCCAGAGGGGUAGAUCCCGAGUGGACAGCCAUACUCUCUGCCCGAGACGAUUCUGGGGAGCCGGGGUCCGGUGGCGGUCCGCCUGUCAUCAAUACCUGGAGGUGGUCUUGAGAAGAGCCGACUGUGCUCUCUUCCAGGUAUGGUAACAGCGAUGGAUGAACAUCUGGGCCGACCUCUUCCUCUUGCUCCGGGAAACAAUUGUUUACAGACAGACCUUUUCACUUAUAAUUCACAGUAUCACAAUUCCAGUGGGUCAGAAGAUUACAGACAAUAAGUUGACUGUGCCUUUAAACAUUUUGGAAAAUUCCAGAAAAUGAUGUCAUGGCUUUAGAUGCUUCUGAUAGGCUUAUUGACAUCAUUUGAGUCAAUUGGAGGUGUACCUGUGGAUAUAUUUCAAGGCCUAACUUCAAACUCAGUGCCUCUUUGCUUGACAUCAUGGGAAAAUCAAAAUAAAUCAGCCAAGAUCUCAGAAAAAAAUGUUUAGACCUCCACAAGUCUGGUUCAUCCUUGGGAGCAAUUUCCAAAUGCCUGAAGGUACCACAUUCAUCUGUACAAACAAUAGUACGCAAGUAUAAACACCUUGUGAAGAUGCUGGAGGAAACAGGUACAAAAGUAUCUAUAUCCACAGUAAAACAAGUCCUAUAUCGACAUAACCUGAAAGGCCUCUUAGCAAGGAAGAAAAUACUGCUCCAAAACCGCCAUAAAAAAGCCAGACUACGGUUUGCAACUGAACAUGGGGACAAAGAUCGUACUUUUUGGAGAAAUGUCCUCUGGUCUGAUGAAACAAAAAAUAGAACUGUUUGGCCAUAAUGACCAUCGUUAUAUUUGGAGGAAAAAGGGGGAAGGCUUGCAAGCCGAAGAACACCAUCCCAACUGUGAAGCACGGGGGUGGCAGCAUCAUGCUGUGGGGGUGCUUUACUGCAGGAGGGACUGGUGCACUUCACAAAAUAGAUGGCAUCAUGAGGAAGGAAAAUUAUGUGAAUAUAUUGAAGCAACAUCUCAAGACAUCAGUCAGGAAGUUAAAGCUUGGUUGCAAAUGGGUCUUCCAAAUGGACAAUGACCCCAAGCAUACUUCCAAAGUUGUGGCUUAAGGACACAGUCAAGGUAUUGGAGUGGCCAUCACAAAGCCCUGACCUCAAUCCUAUAGAAAAUCUGUGGGCAGAACUGAAAAAGCAUAUGCGAGCAAGGAGGCCUACAAACCUGACUCAGAUACACCAGCUCUGUCAGAAGGAAUGGGCCAAUAUUCACCCAACUUAUUGUGGGAAGCUUUUGGAAGACUACCCGAAAUGUUUGACCCAAAUUAAACAAUUUAAAGGCAAUGCUACCCAAUACUAAUUGAGUGUAUGUAAACUUCUGACCCACUGGGAAUGUGAUGAAAUAAAUAAAAGGUGAAAUAAAUCAUUCUCUCUACUAUUAUUCUGACAUUUCACAUUCUUAAAAUAAAGUGAUGAUCCUAACUGACCUAAGACAGGGAAAUGUUACUCUGAUUAAAUGUCAGGAAUUGUGGAAAAACUGAGUUUAAAUGUAUUUGGCUAAGGUGUAUGUAAACUUCCGACUUCAACUGUAGGUCGGGGCCAAUCCACCACUGCUCUCACCUUUUCGGGAUCCAUCUGUACAUUCCUCGCAGCGAUGAUGUAACCAAGGAAGGGGAUGGUGGAGCGAUGGAAUUCGCAUUUUUCCGCUUUCACAAAAAGCUGGUUCUCCAGGAGGCGCUGGAGGACCUGUCAGACAUGGAGCACGUGUUCUUGGGCUGAGAGGGAGAAAACAAGGAUGUCGUCGAGAAGAGACAAAGACAAACCAGUUCAACAUGUCGCAGAGAAUGUAAUUAACCAGGGCCUGGAACACAGCUGGAGCGUUGGUAAGAACAAAUGGCAUGAUCAGAUGUUCGUAUUGACCGCUGGCCGUGUUGAAAGCAGUCUUCCACUCGUCCCCUUCCCGUAUCCGCUAGGUGGUAGACGUUCCGCAUGUCCAACUUGGAGAAAACGGUGGCCCCCUGGAGCGGCUCGGAGGCUGAGGCGAUGAGUGAUAGCGGGUAGCGGUUCUUAACCGUGAUGUCAUUGAGGCUCCGGUAGUCGAUGCACGGGCACAGGGUUUUGUCCUUCUUCUCCACAAAGAAGAACCUGCGCCGGCGGGGGAGGCAGAAGUCCGGAUACACCUGCAGCCAUGAUGGCAGUCCAGUUGAUGAGGGGAUUGUGUCGCUGGAGCCAAGACAAUCCCAAUAUCACGGGAACCUGAGGGGACUUAAUAAGCAGGAAUUGAAUAACCUUGCUGUGGUUCCCUGACACUCGUAGGUUGAUGGGAGUGAUAUUGUGGGUGACCCUGCCUAUAGAGCGUCCGUCCAGCGCUCUAACGUCCAUGGGAAUGGAGAGGGGCUGAGUGAGAUGUCCAGCUCGGAAGCCAGGGUAGCGUCCAUAAAAUGCUCAUCGGCUCCUGAGUCAAUGAGUACCCGCAGAGACUGGUUCCCCCACAGCAGAGUGGCAUGGAGAGGGGUGCGGGGAGAGGGAAAGUUCUCCGUAUGGCCCACCAGAGUACUCGCCCCUACCGGUGGGCCUGGUCUUUUAGUGGACAGGAGGACAUGAAAUGACCAGUAGUCCCACAAUACAGACAACUCUUAGUGUUAAGCCUGCGUAAACGUUCGGCUGGAGACAACCUAGCUUUGCCUAGUCGGAAAGAGCCGAAUCGGCAGACUUCGGAAACUCUCGGGGAAACUCCGGUAGCCUCGGAUUCUCUCGGAGACAGAGAUGUCGGGGACUUCCGGGAUACCUCGGAGGUGAGGUGGAAUCCUUGGGCGGGCGAGUGGAAUCGGACCUCCUUUCCAUCCUACGUUCCUGCAGCCGGCCAUCGAUCCAGAUAGUCAAGGCGAUAAACAAGUCGAGAUCUGUAGGUAGUUCCCGGGCUGCUAGCUCGUGCUUAACUUCCUCCGAUAACCCGCGCAGGAACGUGUUGAACAGCGAUUCCGGGUUCCAUGCACUCUCAGCCCCCAACGUGCGGAAAUCCACCGUAUAGUCUGUCACACUGCGGGAGUCUUGCCGAAGCUGGAGUAACUUCCGGACAGCCUAGUAACUCCCGGACAAUUCAGAAUCAAAAACCUUAUUCACCUCGUCCACGAACUCCUCCAGACUGAAGCACAUGGAAGACUGUUGUUCCCACACUGCCGUAGCCCAGGCGAGAGCCCUUCCGGACAUCAGCGUGAUGAGGUAUGCUAUCUUCGACCAGUCCAACGGGAAGGAGGAGGGCUGCAGCUCAAAGAUGAGGGAACACUGAGCGAGAAAUACCCGACAGGUUCCCAACUCUCCAGCAAAGCAGUUCCGGUAGAGGUAAGCAGGGUCUGAAAGGUACAGAAAUGGCAGGCAGGCUCAGGGUCGGGGCAGGCAGAGGUCGGUAAUCCAGAACAGUGUCACAAGGUACAGAACGGCCGGCAGGCUCAGGGUUAGGGCAGGCAGAAUGGUCAAAACCGGAAAACAGGGACUAGAGCAAAACAGGAGUACGGGAAAACCGCGGGUAAGCUUGACGAGACGAACUGGCAACAGACAAACAGAGAACACUGGUAUAAAUACACAGGGGAUAAUGGGGACAAAUGAGAGACACCUGGUGGGGGGUGGAGACAAGCACAAGACAGGUGAAACCGAUCAGGGUGUGACAGCCGAGUGCAUAUUGAUUAAGCAAAUGUUAAUUGCAGACCACCAACUUCACAUCCCAGACUGAAAGCUAGCUUUUGAUGAAUGCAUAUCAAAAUGCAAUUGCAGAGCUCCUUAACAUUGUCACAGCAAACAAAGACAUUUGUAUCUGUGGUUCACAGCUUUUAGUUUUUACUUUAAAGACAAUGGGACAGAAUUCAAAGUAAUUCAUACAGCCAUUUUCCUCUAAGAUACAUUUUCAUAAGGCAAAAUGUGAUAUUAUUUUGUUUUUAAAAAAGUCUGACAAAUCAAAUGCUAUGAAAGCAUUUGAAUAUACGGCAGAGUAAAAUAAUAAUGUGCAAUAACUAUAUUAUUCUCGACUCUCAGUUGUCUUGGAGAAAUCACAGUGGGGGAUUUGUUUUUAAAAUGCCAUCCAUUCUUGGUGUAAAAAUAAAACAGUACUACAUCAUUCAGCCUUGUUGUUGCUGUGGUAAAAACAAGACUAUGUCCCAAAUGGUACCCUGUUCCCUAUUUAGUGCAUUACAUGGGUCCUGGUCGAACGUAUUGCACUAUAUAGGGAAUAGGGUGCCAUUUGGGACGCAAUUCAAGCCUCCGUAAAAGCCCCAAAAAGAAGAUCCCAUCUCUUAGUUCGAUGUAAUCACAAUGCAAUCGUGGUUGUCUACUGCACCUCCAUCCAUGCCUAGAGCUGUUACAGUGACCGUAUUACUGCCACACCGGCGGUCACGAGUCAAGACGGCAGUCAAAUUCCACGUGACCAUUUAGUCACGGUAAUUAGGAUUCUCCAAGCUCUGAUGCUGCUGAUGGUCAUUAGUAGCAUGCCACAGUUCAAAACACAUCAUUGUAACAUUUCUUUAAUGUAACAUACUACUCAUUUGCUGUUUGAAUUGUAGGUGUCCUUGUAGUCAACGUAACAUGGAGAAAAAGAACCUACGUGGGGACUCUUUUGGACUGUACCAAGCAUGACUGGGCACCACCCAGGUAAUAUUGACGGGAGACAGUAAAUAUUCAUAAUUCUAAAAAUAGUAUAUGAUGACAAUAUGACUAUGCUAUUUUGCUGUUUCCAAGAAAGCUGUUGAGUAACUUGCCAAUCAUCUCGAACAUGACAGUGGUGCUGGAGAAUUGCCUUGUUACUGAUAGGAACUCCUAUGUGGAGAUGCCUAAGCUUGAAGCCGAGGGUUUGAUCGAUAAGAAGGGAGUGUGUGAUAAAGGGAAAAAGGCUAAUGGGAAAGUUGAGAAGUGUUUUUCUCAAUCUAGGACCAACAGGCCUAUAGCUCCUGCUCCUGCUCCCCCAAAGCUGAUUGCAAUCCCCAGCACUGUGUUCUCAACUAACACAACAGAGGCCACUACCCAGUAG